UAGAGAACAAAUGGGGGAGAGAGAGGAAGGAUACCAACGCAGCAUCAGUGAAUGUGCAGAACGAGAAGAUGAAAAUUCAAAACCUUUCAGCUCCUCUUUCACUGCUAAGCACAGUCACACUGGAGAUGGCUAAUUCCUGGACCCUCACUAGGUGACAGAAGAAGGAAAAGAAAUUAUCCGAAUUGUUCACUCACAUGUGGGGUGUCACUGACUAAUCUCUGGAAAAGCUGAACAAGAUGGAGGCAUCAUGGCUUGUUUCACUGGAUUGUACCUGAAAAUUUCAUUGCAGGCUGACUGACUCAUUGUUUGGCUUGUGGUACAGACUAUUUCCUGAACAAGCCUCCAUUUAGAUAGCUAUCCUAUGUCAUUCUGACAAGUUAAAUACAUCUGUGCCGUAUCUCCACGUGUGUUCGUCUAGAAGCUGGGACCUGACUAAUAUCUGGAAUCAGUAACAGCACCUCACUGCUCUACAUAUCCGUGUAACUGGGUUUCUGUGUUAAAAGUCUACAUACAGCCUUCUCCUGGGACCAGGAUAAUCUCUGGAUCGGUGUGUCUGGCAUGUUCUGUUUUUGCCUGCAGAGUUCCCUGCUGAAGCUCCAGACGCUGGAUGUGGAGGGGGGCCCCUCACUGGGACCGUCCCCAGAGGAGAGCCCCCCUGCCCUGGGCAGCAAGGAGCAGAAGAGCCCCUGUGGCCCGCCCGAGCUUGGAGGAGUGAAGGAGGAGAAGACACUGGCUCUAUGCCACGGUGUCACCAUGGAUGAGAACAGCCCACCAGGUCUCGAGGCCGGGGGGAUAGGACUGAGGGGUCAGAAGAUGAAUGUCCGUCCUCCUUCCCGUUCCUCAGCAGACAGAUUCAGAGCCUAAAGAAGAAGGUUCGCAAGUUUGAGGAUCAGUUUGAGAAGGAGAUGAGCUACAAGCCCUCCCACAAUGAUAAAUACACCAACCCAGAGAUGGUCCGAGUGAUGAGCGAACUGGCAAAGGCUCGUAAACAGCUCAAAGAGCUGAGACUCAGACAGUCGGUGUUUGAGUCAAAGGAGCAGGACAGUCCACAGAACGCCGACACCUGCAGGGUGGGUUCCAGGCAGCAGGGGGCGUCAGACCACAAACCAACCCUGGAGGAAACUGUGGAGUCUCUGUUUAGGCGCCUGAGAGAGAAGAGACAAGCUCUGGGCCUGCCCGACAACAUCAAGGAGAUGACUCAGUCUCAGAUGGUCCUGGAGAAGAUCACGCUACAGAAAUGUCUUCUGUACUUUGAGAGUCUGCACGGCCGCCCGGGAACUAACCAGGAGAAGACCCUGGUGAAGCCUCUGUAUGACAGGUACCAGAUGAUCAAACGGCUUCUGUGUGCCAGCCCGACGAUCACCACCAUAGAGGAAGAGGAUGGUUCUGAUGAAGACUUGAUGAGCUCGAUGACAGCUGAGGAGCUUCCUGCCCCACCUCCUCACAGAGAGACCCAGCCAGCAGCCAGCGAGGAGGAGAGCGACCGGGACAGUGACCCAGCCUCUGUGUCACCGUUAGACGAAGUGAAAUCUGUCCGUCAACAAUCUGCUCUGACUGUGUCCAAUCUGCAUGAAGCCUCCAGGUCUCAGCUGCUCCAGUGUCUGCGGGAGACGAGAGCAGAGAAGAAGAUGAGGCGUAAAGCUCUGAGGGCAUUUGAGGACGAGUUUUACCGUCAGACUGGAAGAAUCUGCCAGAAAGAGGAUCGCACUCCCAUGAAAGAAGAAUACCAAGAAUACAAACAGCUGAAAGCUAAACUGCGGCUGCUGGAAGUCCUCCUCAGCAAACAGGACACCGCCAAAACCAAGUGAGAGGCUUUCAUCGUCCAGCUACAGCAUACUGUUGUACCAGGUGUUACACUGUAACAUGGUCCCUCCGCAUGUUAGAACGCAGUCAGUAGACCCCAGAAGCUUCUUUCUGACAAUGACGGUCUUCUCUCUCCUUCCUCUCUACACUCAACAUAUGUGAAAAACUAAAUAAUCCCAUGAAGUUUUAUAAAAUUGACCAGACACCAGACUUUGCUCUGUACUGUGUGAUCUGCCAGUGUACACCAGCAUCCCCCGGUGUUUGUCCACCUGCAUCUUCAAGUCUGCACCAUGUUGUACAACAGACUGGAGGGAAAGCUGUAAAACUCCAGAGGUACUGUAAACCUGUGUUCCUGCCCGGUCUGGGAUGUCGGACCAAAUGUGUUUCAUACUUGACUAAGUAUUUAUGCGUGUCAACCUGAAAGCACUUUAACCUGUCAGUGUGGUUGUGGAGGAUGAAGUGGAGAGCUGCGUUGUGACUUCCUGUCAAAGGGUGGCCACAGGUUUUAUGUUGCUCUCAGUCACAGGUUGAAGGAACGAGACACUGAACCUUCUUUCCAAAGUAAAUUUAACCUUGAGACUAAGACGUGCAGUUGGGUUUCUCAAGGCUGUUGAUGCAUCAGCAGUGUUCAUUGACCAGAGGCAACAAACUAAACAUGUAGGUGAAAUUACAUCCUCGGUCCAAUAACUGGCUUGUUCUGGAGCUUUCGACAACAUUACAUGUUUGCUCAGAUCCCAUGAAGCUAGAGGCGAUAGAAGAAUUCAUGCGUCACGACCUCCAUGUUCACGUCGUAAAGAUAGCUGUACAGCUGCACAGCUGAGUUUGUUCCCUGUUUUGUUCUCAUACUUGAACACGUUUAGCUUGUGUUUAUUGAAUUUGAUUAUUUAACUGGCUUUUUUGUCUUAUAGUUACUGUGAAACCCUUUGUAGCUCUGGUUCUCUUGUUGCCUGAGCAAGCUCUGCUGAAGAAAGCACUGUGGUAUGAUCGAAGGCUCGAGAACACGCCUGUAGCCUCAGCAUGCGUAACCCUCGUGCUCUGCCCUCAGAAUUGAAAAAAACCACAGAGGUCUCAGUUCACCUGUGGAACAGCUGAUGAGGUUCAGUGUUUUGUUCACUCCUCCACUAAAAUGUGUGUAUAUAUGGAAACAUUUGGGACAAAGAUGCAAUGUUCAGAUUAUUAGUGUAGGGUGCGCCAAGAUGUUCAACAUGAAAUAAUGUAGAGAGUUGCAUCUGUACUUAGAGCACUUUAUGUUGAGAAAGGGGCUCAGGUUUUAUCAAAUAUUAGUAUGCAGUGUGGCCUGUACUUACUCUGAGCUUCACAGACUGCACAUCUGAUCUGGACAAAUUAGUAUUAAUAUGGUCCAAGAAAAACACCUCAGUGAGCUGCACUCUACUGUGUCUCUACUGACUGUCAGUUGUAGUACAGGGCUUCAGGCUGCAGGGCUCAACCACCAAACAGAAAAGUCUCCAGCAGAUGAAAAUGGAUGUGGUCUCAGUUUUUGUAAAGUCUUAAAUAUCAGAUGAAAAUAGUAGGCUAACAAAACCAAAUCACCUGUGUGCGUCUGUACUAUCGUGUCAGAAAAAAAGAGCUGAUGCAACAUAUCUUUAAAGUAAAAGAUGGCUCCUAAUGUGAUGUGCAGCAGUUCACCAGUUACAAAACUGCCACCUCCUGAUUCAGAGCAUGUGUUGGAGACUCGUCUAGGUCGUCACUCAGUGUUACGUGAAUGCACACUCCAGCCAGUAACGGUAGUUUCAUCACAAUAUGAAAGGCAGAACAGCUGGUUUUUAGGAAGUGUCACCCAAAGCAGGUGGUCAUGUGAGAGAGGCGAAACGUUUCAUGUCUUCCUGGCGUUUGUGUCGUCGUGUCCCAUAAGACUAAACCUGUGGGUACCUCUGAGGCUCAGUCUGACGGUUUCCCGCUGUGAGCUGCUGAAUGCUGCGUCUCAGUGCACGUCAGUGUUUUAAACGUGUUUGUGCUUGACAGUUAAACAUGAACUGAAUUAAAAAAUAUCCCUGUGUUGUGUUAUUCUGGUUUGC